CUCUCUUCUUCAAUGUGAAUUGUGAAGAACAAUACGAGCUAGCAAGAGAAUAAUGGCGAACCUGUGCGAUCUCUGUCACGUUUGCUGCUGAAGAGUGUUGCGCGACGGCUUUUAGAAGGUGUUUGCUGCUGCUGCGCGACGGCUUUUGUCUUCUGGAGGCGACGCUUCUCAAAGAUUCACAUUUCGAGUUGGCUUUAGAAAUUUAAAGGAUACCGGUAUCUUUGUCUGCAUGGGAAUGGAGGCUGGACAGAAAGAUAGAAGAAGUGGCAAUGAGGGAGUAUUUAAUAUGUUGGAAGAACCUUUAAAAGCAACUGACAAUCGUCAAGCAAAAAACAUUAAUGUCCAAAAAAAUGACCCUGUUGAGUUGGAAGCAAGAAAAGAAAGGAAGAAGAAGCACAGGGAGAAUAAGAACAAAGGUAGUAUCAGCGCGACUUCCUCCAUGAUUGAUGACCUUGAAAGAGGAAGAAUGGACAAGAUUAAAGGGCAGAAAAUCCAUGCGAAGGAAGAAGUUCUUAAAGUUAAUACUGGUGAAGAAGCGAAAAUGAAAAAGAACACGGAGAAAAGAAAGAGGGAUAAGGAUGAUGACUAUAGCAUGGAAAGGAUGACUGAUGGAAAAGAGAUUGUGAUGAAUGAUGGGGAAGAGCGAUAUCAAAAACAGGAGAAAAAACUAAAGAGGGAUAAGGCUGAUGGUCAUAUCAUGGAUAAAAACAACUUUACUGAUGGGGAGAGAAAAAAGCUGCUGGAUGGGAAUAUAAUGGAAAAGACAGAGUCUUCAGGGAAGGAAAGGAAGAAAAAGCAGAAGAAGAGGAAAAAUCAUGAUGGCGCAUUGGAAGCCUUGUCACAGGAGAUUUCUGCUGAGGAACCUAAUGAGGAAAGUAAAGUAGUAGAACAGAAAGAGUUUUUAAAGCAUGUAGGAGAUACAUGUUUAAUUAAGAAUGUGGAUAGAAAAAUAUUUGCUGAUGCUUCAAACGAUAACUGCUACAAGAAAAAGAUGAAGAAGAAGCAGAAAAAGAAGAAGCAAGAGGAGGAAGAGAAGAAUAAGACACAGUCAAUGGAAAUUGGUUCAGAUGAACAAGGUCAUGAAGGGGUGCAAAGAACCAGAAAGGAUGGUGAUAUUAUUGCUCCAUCAAAAAAAUCUAGAAGCAAAGACAGUACUAGGAGAGUAAGUUUUAAUGAUCAUGUGGAGGUUUUUCCAUUAUCUGAUGGUCCUAGUAAUGAGAAGAAUGAUCAGGAAGAUGGCUUAGUGCGUGGUAAGCGAUUCUCACCUCAGGAAGAUGAGAUGGUUAAAGAGGCUGUUUUCAAAUAUAUAAAGGCUCAUAGGUUAGGUAAAGAAAGUGUUGAGAUGGUUUUAUACUGCAAAUCUCACCCUGAAACCAGGCAGUGUUGGAAGGAAAUAGCUGCUGCCUUACCUUGGAGGCCCCAUGAAAGUAUAUAUUAUCGAGCCCAUACUUUGUUCCAAAGAGGCGAGAAGCGUCAGUGGACUCCUGAAGAGUAUGAAACGGUCAGGAAGUUCCAUGAAGAACAUGGAUCAGAUUGGAAAAGGCUAGCUGUUGAUAUGGAAAAGCAUAGGAUUCAUGUAAAGGAUACAUGGCGUAGUAUAAAAUUGCGCAAUACAAGGAAAGGACAUUGGUCCCAAGAUGAGUACCAGAAUUUGUUUGAUUUAGUAAUUGUGGAUCUCCAUAUGAAGGCUUUACAGGAAAAGAAAUCCAAGCAUGGGAUGCUACGAGAUAAUAUCUGCUGGGAGGCUAUUAGUGAUAAGUUGUUAACCAGAGCCAGUGCACUUUGCUGCAUGAAAUGGUAUGACCAAUUAACAUCACCCAUGGUAGCUGAAGGUAAAUGGUCUGAUACGGACGAUUAUCGCUUGAUGACUGAGCUUAAUAACUUGGAUGCUUGCUGCAUGGAAGAGGUAGACUGGGACAAUCUCUUGGAGCAUAGGUCUGGAGAUGUAUGUCGAAAGAGAUGGGGGCAAAUGGUCAAACACUUAGGUGCAUAUGGUAACAAGUCAUUUGCUGAGCAAGUUGAAGUUCUUUCUAACCAGUAUUGCCCAGAUGUACUUGAACCAAGAGAGAUAUAUGAGAGCAAACCUAAUGUUCCAUGAAACCGGCAUCCUACAAUGUGUUUCUGUCCUCAAUUGGUUAUCUCCCGAAGAACCAUUGUUGCAGAUACCUGUGUCUUUCAAUUUCAGUUUUGAUAAGCAAUGUUCUGAACAAUGAAACUGUUUUCAUUCAUAUAUGUAUACAGUUCUUUUAUUAAUGUUCUCUAAUAGGAAAUUAUUUACUGGUA